AUGGCUGAAGAUAUGUCCAACUGGCUCACCCAGAGCGACACAGGGCCUGAUAACGCAUUCGGUCAUGCUCAGUACUUGGCCAACGUUCCCUCGAAUGCUACCGUCUGGAACCAUCUCCUCGACACAAUCGACCCGACAGAACCCAUCCUUAUCGUCGCCCCACCCUACGAGAUUCCGGUUAUUCGAGCCAGUGGCAAGUCUUUGAGUCUUGAGGAGAUGAUGGCUUUGAGCUACGAAGAGUUCCUGGAUUUCGUGAAGAGGGAGCGCCGUGGUGCUGGAAGAGGUCCCGAAGUCUGGCCAAAGAUCUCCGAAAGGGAUCGCUUGAUCGUGAUGGUGGCUGUGGAGCCUCACAUGCCGGCGGAUUGCGCUCUUUCGUUAACCAUGGUUGUUAACUGGGCCUCUGGUAGACCUUCUGGCUUCUCGAUGCGUGUCCUCACUGUCUCUACUUCCCACGACCAUCCCGAGAUGGCUGCGCUCGUCAGGUCGAAGUCCAUGCCUGAGCCGGAACGAUUCACCCUCGACGAUCUUCGGGCUCAGUUAACCCAUCAAGGGCCGGGCUGCAACUAUAAUAAAGAACAGAUGAUUCACCCUCGACAUUGCGCGGCAACGGGGUGCCCCAAGGACGGCAGUCAGAUUGUCGUCUUGUUCGCCUCGGAUGGCUCUUUGAAGGACCUUGCAAUUUCUUUGAAGGUACAGGGGUGGCCCGUUACGGCCAUUCAUCGCCGGACACACACUAAUUCCAUGGAGCUGGUAUCAACGGCUUUUGAGGAAGCUAUGUGUCGUGUCUUGCACGUGGAAGACCCGAUCCGCUCCCUAUUUCCCCUGACAGGAUUCAAUCAUGUCCAUGUCGUUGCGAACUCUACCUCUACAAAGGUAGUUUUUGACGCAGUGACUGGCCAGCUGACCUCGACCCUGGCCCAGAGGAGCAAGCAGGAGAGAAAGGAACAGUUGGCGUAUGCGCAUCGCUCGCAGGGAGCCUCGAGCGUCACGGUCUAUAUCGACCGCCCAUAUAUCGACCGCCCAGUUACCAGGUUUCUGGAGGCAGGAACUCGUCUACGGCGUCUACAGAUCAGCAAUGAGCAUUUGGGAGGCUUCAUCGCAGCCCUAGCCGGGGUUGAGGCUUGGGGAAUCGACGCGCUCGAGGUUGCAGGGUGCUUUGUACCGCACAUGGAGGAAUACGCACUGAUGACCACGGUGAAGCGUCUCAUCGAUCAAGGCCUCCUAAGACGGGUCCAAGGGACAGGUUGCCUGGGCUUGCAAAUACACGACAAAGAGGCUGAGGUUUUCAAGGCCGUCCUCCCCAUUCUAGACUACGACCACCGGCUUGCCUACUUCGUCGCUCAGCAUACCGACAACGUGAUUCUUCGACAGUCAAAGCUCCAACUCGCAUCAAUCCUCACCGUCGAAGCUUUAGAGUUGAUGAAAUUGCCUGCGGAUAUGGGUGACGACUUUGACGCCUUGGCUGCGAAAUGCUGGGGAUACACACGACCGCUCGCAAAGCAAGGUACCAUGUGGAUGGUACUGGGGCUAUGGAAGCUGGCCGCGAAGCAUCUCAAUGACUUCCACGAGGGAAUGAUUACUAACCUGACACAUGUGCCAGUGUUUGGGACCUCAGUUCAUGUCUCAUUGAUGGAGUCCACCAAGGUCGCCAACACCAUCAAGAGACUCACCAGGGCCUUGGCAAAACUACACAUUGGGUUGAUCGACGUUCCCACCGCGGAUGAGACCGGUGAACUCGACAGGGCUGGCUGUGUAGAGCUGCAGACCCAUUUGUUCACGGCCUUUCUCGGCCAAUUGAUUGUGGGUUCCCCCAUGGAUGGCGAAUGGGGUUGGCAAGUUGUUGCGAGCGGCAUAGGUGUUGUCGACUUCAAGGACUGGGUUCACUGGUUCGUGAAGAUUGACGAGGUGUACGAGGCAAAUGGUGAAACUGUUGUCUGGGGUGUUUUCAACAAACUUUCGCGCCAGGGCCGUCGAAUCUCGGUCGGCGACUGGACCUAG